GGGGCUGUUCCAUAAAAGCAGCUUAGAAAAGCGGGGAUUAAAGUCCAAAACCUGACUUGAAUGAGCCGAGCUAAACAUCCGCGCUUAAAUUGGUUCCAUAACAGUAAGUUGAGGAUCAUGUGAUUUUACUAAUUUGAGUCAGGUUUAAAUAGUCUAGAUAAUUGCGCGUGCACGCCAUUGUUUAAAAGUCCUGAAAAGUCGAGCAUGGGUCAAUCGAUUUACUGUGGGCUACCAUGGCAACAAAAGGAAAAGAUAGAGCAGCGAUGUUCACGGCAACGGAACAGCGUUUGCUAUUGGAAACAUAUGAAGAAUUUAAAGAUGUCAUCACCAAAAAAGGCAAUACAGCGGCAAUAAAUAAAGCAAGAGAGAAAGGUUGGCAGGAAAUUGCUGAUCGUCUCAAUGCCAGCAACUUAAGUGAAGGAAAAAGAACCUGGCAGCAGGUGAAAAUAAAAUAUAAAAAUAUAGUUCAGAAUGCGACCAAAAAGAAGACUGAGGUUGCUGGCACUGGGGGAGGGCCACCACCAGCCAGCUUCACUCCUGCAGAGGAGCUGGCUUUGGAAAUUAAUAAAGGGAGGCCCGUCCUUGAGGGAAUAGAGGGGGGGACAUCAUCUAAAAUGAUAUCACGUAGUAUAAGGAGUGAGUAUAUAAAAGAUUCUGUAUGCUGUAAGGAUCCACCAGACAUCAUGUUGCCUGGAGAAGUGAUGGGAGUUGAGGAGGAUGAGGAGACUGUGUCUGUAUGUUCAAGGAGGCCUGAGGAUGCUGACACUGUUCUAGAGCCCUCUCAGUCUGGGACAACAUGUGGCAUAAACCCAGAAAACAUAAAAGGAGUGUAUAAACGCUACCUCCUUAAACAAAUGGAAGUGAUUGAUAUCGACAUCCAGUAUAAAAAACUGAAGAUGAGGAAGUUGGAGCUGGAAAUUCAACAGCUACAGAAAAAUGCAGAUUCACUCUGAAUAAAGACAAAUCACAUUA